GGGCAUUCGCCGUUUUUGAGUAAUCCGGGGUUUGUGGUGGGUUGUUUGAGGAGGGCUGCUGGGGAGGAUGUUUGAUUGUUUACUCCGUUAGAAUGUAGCAAUAGUUAUGCUUGUUAGUUAUGCAAAGAUGAGUCAGUAUUUGUGCACGGAUUUGUGCAUCUGUGACUCAUGCCUCAGGCAUUUGAUUGACUUCGUUCCAGAAGACUAUUUUAUAUCCCUGUUCUAUCAUUAUAUGUUCCUUUUCAUAUUAUUAUUCAUAUUCGAACUUUACAUAUGCUACCACAACGCCGCCAAAAUUCAAGCUGCGACCCAUGUCGACGUUCUAAGCGACGCUGCUUUUUCUCAUCCCCCCGAAUUGGAGACACAGAUGUAUCCUGCACUCAUUGCAAGCGCCUAGGACACGCCUGCACAUUUGAAUUUGUCGAUUCUCAAUCACAGAAUAAGAGGUCUAGGCGAGCUCGUACAAGGCAGAGCACUUCAGAUAGCGCAGCUGAGGCAUACCCCGGUCUAGCUAGUGGCGACUUCCAAGCAGAUGCUGUGGCUGGCCAUGACGUCCUGGCAUCAUGGCUAGAUUUUGACUAUCUCGAACAGAGCAAUGAAUGCUUGGAAUUACCGGAUUUUCUCGCACCUGAUGCUGUAACGUCAGUUGAAGCUUCUAAGGAGGACCGGCUUCGUGUACGGCCAAAUCCGCAACAUAUCGUUGGCAGUUCAUUAAAUAGCCCCAUCCGUCUAUUGAACUCGAAACUCGAUGCCACUAUCCUUGACAUACGUCUUGCACGGAUUCACGAUACCAUUGUCACGGGGUGUGCAUCUAGAUUUGCGGAUUAUGACUGCAACUUAUAUGCAACAGCGAGUCGCUACCGAUUGGGGGACGGAGACUCAGAACACCAUUUGCUUUCGAGCAAUGCAUCACCUCAAUCACAGGCCUUAAUAUCACAGACGGAUGGCUCUCUAUUGGAUUUUGGGCUGGCAUUUAGAGAUGCCGGCUGCAUGAUGACGAUUUUGGGUACAGUCCGUUUCCUGGAUCAUUUCAGCGAUAUUUACGGCAAUCGCUUGACUUCAGUGGCACGGGGACGGUCAGAUGCUGCACUGAAAGCGGUUCUUCGAGUAUUUUCGCUCCAGUGGCUGCCCUCAACCGAGCUAACAUCAACUUCCGUUGAUAGUUUGAUCACCAAUAGCUCGAAUGAAAACCAGACAACCUGCGACCCACUCGAAAAUGCAUUUCAUGAUGCCUGGUCUCAAGCGCGAACACUCCUCAGAAAUGCACAGUCAGUGCGCUCGUUCAGAGUUGUAUAUGCAACCCUGCUCUUUGACGGUAUUGCCAUUCCAACCAAAGCUCACGGGGCAACUGAGCCUAUCGUAGCGCAUGAAUUCCUUGAUACGGGUCUACAGAAGCUUGUUUCUCUGGAUACACUUGUCAAGCAAUACUGUGUUACUCUUGGAUCGCAUUCCGUAUAUGGCGCUCUCUUAGAAGCGAGUCUGAGUGUUGUGCGCUGGGGUGGAUACAUCCGUGACAUCGGAGCAGCGCUUACAACAGACCAUGACUGCAAAUUGCCGGGUAUUUCGAGCCAUGCGAAAGACCAAGUAGAAUCUUACGACCUAUGCCAGUUCGAUAAUCGGAAUUUCCAUCCAGAUCUGAAUAACAGCGUUCCAAGCAUAUGCCAGAAAGCUGUCGCGGAGGCAUUCUGCGUCUGGAGGCAGAUAGUUGAAGUCAAAGGCUCCGUGUCUCGCCAUGUGCAAAGUCAUAGUCGCAUCCCUUUGGAAUUAUCUGAAACUAUCGCGUCGACUAUGACAGCCGUUGGCAAGUUUAACCAAUCAUUCUGUCCUUUCAUGAGUACCUGUAUAGACAACCUUGAGCGUCUUUCUAUACGGUCCAGAACAUCUGCUGUUUCUAUCACACUGUAUUGGGGUCUUAGUGUCCUCAUACUAGCCGAGUCGUUGCGAGAUCACAAUUUUCUCACUGAAGCCGACAUAACCUCAACCAUGCGCGCCCACCAAGAAGAAGCGGUCUCAUCGGUAGCCCGAACAGUCAAGCGCGUACUCUUACUACCCACAGAAGAGCUUUUCAAUCUCGAGAACGGCCUCGGUGCCGAAGUCCCCAUCCUCGCUUAUCAUAUUACUCCCAGCUUAACGGCAACGACAUUCCAGAAGGCCAUUGAGAAUAUAGUCUCUUUAUAUUCUUGCGAAGAGGACGCACAGCAUGGUGCCGACAGCAUCUGGAAACAGCAAAUUGAUAUCGUCAUGAAAGGCCUGUGUUCACUGGAUGUGACUGUUGGCGGGUCUCAAGUUGCAAGUGCAGCUAUUCAAUCGUUGAUGCAGCAACAUGGGGAUAUUUUGUCGGAGUGUUGGACUUCUGAUUUCAGCACGUAACUGUGUCUGAGGCUGGAACGAUUUAUCAACUUGUGUCUUCUUGUACCUGUAGUCGGUUCAAGCGUCGCGGAGCCGAUGCUACAGUAUUUACGGUUCUGACAAGUCACGAAGCCUUGGAAUGAUGGACUAUG